GGCCAGCAGACAAACUCUCAAGUCCGAUCAGAAACGAGAACAAAAGAGAAGAGAUUGAAUUUUGGUGGCACCAUGUUCAAGAGAGACGACUACAUUCUGGCAGGGUUUCGCCCGAUCCAUGCUUCUGCGUAAACCCAUUUCAGAAACUGCAGAAUUACGCAAGACUUUUGCGGACUACUCCUUAAUUUCUCGAGAUUUAGGUCCAAAGAUUCUGAUAGGAGCCAACGAUAAGGACAAUUUCAGAAAAGAGAAAGAUCGUGUAGGUAGUAGAUACAGAGUCCAAGGAGCCUUCCCGGGUCUGUAUGAGCUCGGUCAUGACCAUGGCCGAAAAGAUGAUGUUCUUGUGGCUAAUCUUGGUCAACCUGAAAGCAUUAGAUCUCGGCUCCGUGGCAACCGAACUGAAGAGAAGAAGUAUGAUUCUGCAGAAGAGAGAGAGGUCAGUUCUGAUGCAGCUGAGAAGGAGAUUAAUUCUCUUCCAUCUAUACUUAGACUCAGUCCGUCCAGACCUCAACCGGUUUCAGAGAGACAUGAUGACAUUGUUGAUGAGUCUGACUCUGCUUCUGUUUGUGGAGUCUUACUAGAAGAUGGUACUACUUGCACUACAAUUCCAAUCAAAGGAAGAAAGAGAUGCGCAGAGCAUAAAGGGAAGAAGCUUUCACGUGUUUCCCCCGAAAAUCACAUACCGUGUGAAGUUCCCACCGCAAGAGAAUCCAAAGAAACUGAGGAUACAUGUGGAGUGAUUUUACCUGAUAUGUGGCUCUUUGGUAGAAAACAAGAAGCUGAAGUAGGACCGUUUUCAGCAUGGAUAUUACUGGCACAUAUAAGGGUGUUAGUUGUUUUCCAUGACGUAUUUGACAAUGAACAAAAUGUGGGUGGUGCCCAAAUAAACCUGGAAGGUGUAUAUAUAUGGCCCUUUAGGCAACUCCUCCUUGUGGCUAACAGCGGCAAAGAGAAUGAUUCAGGGCAAGAAGACAAUAAUCUUCUCUCAAAUCCCUAUCAUCUGGAUAAGAAAUCAUUGAAUCUGUCCCCAGAUGACAAUAUGCAUGUGGAGGGGUUUGCACUAAGUGUCUUUGCAAAGGCAGACAAGCAGGAUCGUGCAGGAAGAGCUGACUUGCAUAUCUCGACCUGUUGGCUUCUAGCCGUUCUGCUUUUGCAAAAUACUUGCAUCUCCAGCCUUGAUGUGUUGCUUUGCAUGGGCACUGCCAAAACUUUUUAUGCUGCGGCAAUCUUCUUUGAAACUCUGAGCCAGUUUGGCCCUGUACCUCCUGAUAUAGAGCAGAAACAGAAGUACGCUGCUUGGAAGGCUGCUGACAUAAGGAAAGCCAUUAAAGAAGGAAGGAAGCCCACUCCAGGUGAUCCUGUUGAUGAUGAUAAUGAUUUACCCAUCCCAUCAAGCCGUCCUAGUGGCUCCUAUGAUCACGGUGCAAAUGUCCCGCCUCCACCACCGUCUUCUUACCCUUCCAACGAUCUCCUUCCCCCUCCCACGGGACCAUCAGACUCCCCUUACCAGCAUCCUUACAGUCAUCAACCAUACCACCAAGACCCGUCACAACACAUGCCGCCACCACAAAACUACUCAGCCCAUGAGCCUUCUCCAAAUUCUCUCCCCAAUUUCCAAUCUUAUCCUAGCUUCAGUGAGAGCAGCCUCCCAUCCACUCCUCCCCACUACCCUUCUCACUACCAAAACCCAGAACCUUACUAUUCUUCUCCGCAUUCCGCACCUGCUCCUUCUUCCGCAAGCUUCUCCUCUGCUCCUCCUCCUCCACCUUACUCAUCAAACGGGCGUAUCAAUAUUGCUCCUGUGCUAGAUCCUGCACCGAGUCCAGCUCAGAAGUACCAUUACGACAGCAGCUACCAGCCAGGGCCUGAGAAGGUUGCAGAGGCACACAAGGCUGCUAGAUUCGCUGUGGGAGCUUUGGCUUUUGAUGAAGUCUCGACUGCUGUAGAACAUCUCAAGAAGUCACUUGAGUUGCUAACAAAUCCAUCGGCCGGUGCCGGUCACUGAAUUUUAUAUUUAAUCUGUGAAACUUGGGGUUGAUGUUAGUGCGUGUGUGUGCUCACAAUCACAUCGUGGGUUUGUUUAUUAACUUUUCAGGCUCAGACUUCGUGUACAAAGAAAAAUGGUGUGAAUUA